AUGUCGACUUUGACUCCAUUGACGCCGGUCAUUGACCGAGGUAUGGCUCUUCACAAGAUGAUUCGCCUCAUAACCCACAGCCUCGGCGGCGAAGGAUACCUUAACUUCGAGGGCAACGAGUUUGGUCACCCUGAAUGGCUCGACUUCCCCCGAGAGGGCAACCAAAACUCAUUCUGGUACGCGCGUCGUCAGCUUAACCUCACUGACGACAAUUUGCUUCGCUAUCAAUUCCUCAACAACUUUGAUCGGGCCAUGAACACCACGGAGGCGAAGUAUGGCUGGCUGGCAGCGCCGCAAGCGUACAUCUCGCUCAAGAAUGAGAGCGACAAGGUCAUCGUCUUUGAGAGGGCUGGGGUUGUCUUUAUCUUUAACUUCCACCCCACUGAGAGCUUCGCCGACUACAGGAUCGGCAUUGAGGUUCCUGGAUCCUACAAAGUCAUUCUCAACACUGAUUCCAAGGACUUUGGAGGACACGCCCGCGUCGAUGAGGGCACCCGCUUCUUCACUACUCCUAUGGAGUGGAACAACCGAAAGAACUGGACUCAUAUUUACAUCCCAAGCAGAUCUGCUUUAGUUCUUGGUUUGGAGUCUCCCGUGUCUCAGCACUCUUAG